GUGAGCUGUGAUUGGUCACAGCUUGUCACAUGGUACAAGGCUGUUGUGAAUAGCCUUGUACCAUGUGACCUCUGUGAUCAUUCACAGAUUUCACACGUAGUAAGCAAUGAUGUCACAAGUGACAUCUUGCUUACUACUUUGCAUGUGAUCACUGAUUCGCCAAUCAGUGAUCACAUGACCGGUGAACCUCGUACAGAGGUCCCGUCCGACGAUCGAAAAAAGCCUGACAGUUUUUGACCUUUUGAAUUCAUGUGACUUAGGCUGGCCAUAGAUUAUCCAAUUUUCUUGAGAUUUUUGGUUUAGAUUUACCAAAAACCAUAUAAUAGGAGGUCAAACCUAA